AACCUUGUGCUUUAAGUUUAUUCCUUCAAGUUUGUUUGUUUUUUAUCAAUAGAUAAACCUUGUGCUUCAUGCAUAGUUUUUCUUUUAAAUGAAUCUUUACCACUUUUUCCAAUUAGCAAGAUUCAAAUUCCUUGGCCUGUACUCUUUUGAGAUACUGGUGUCUGUAAAUACACUCAAAAUGCAUAAUGCUUAUUAAACCUUCCUGCCUAACGCAGUAUCGUUUUUAACACAGUAUACUAGCUAGUAAGACAGACAGACAUUAGACAAACACAAAACAUAAAACAAUCUUUGUUGCAACAAUACAUCCAUGGUGUUAUAGGGUGUUCAGCUGGUACCAGCUUGUCCUGAUUUUCUGAAAGAUUAAAAAAAAAAAAGAACAUACUUCUACCCCUUUGGGAGUGGCACAUUAUUAUUUACAUACUUUCUCUUUUACAAAUAUGCUUUCACUCCUCUCUUUGCUUACAAUUACUCCUGUAGUUACAUAUUUUUGUUUUGUAGGCAAAACAGGUUUCAGUGGUUUCUACCCCUUCUUUUGGGUGAAUUACCCCACUGUGUAAUCAUCACAUUCAGGAGGUGUACUUCAGUUUUCUUCUUGUACAGCAGACUAGGUUAGCAAGUUUCUGCUGUGUCAAGUUUAUGCAUAGAGAAUAGCCAAGAAGCAUUAUUACUGUAAUUCCGGAGAAUUUUCAGGGUGAGUUGUGUUUCCAAUGACCAUUUUUCUAAAAGCAUUCCUUUAGACUACUUAUCUUUGAGACCAGUUUGUUGUUAGCAUCUUUAAAUCUUUGCCUAUACAGACCCCCUUUUGUAUCUGUUUCCAUGUUUAGCAUUGUGCAAACAUAAAUCCUUUUUCUUGCUUGUUUUUAGAUCCUGAGAUUUUUAGAUUCUCAGUUUCAGGUUUGACUCUUUUUUUCCCACCUUUCUUUCUGGAGGGCUUAAAUUUGAACUUUCUGAUGUCAGGUAGUUUGCUGAUCAAACUUAGCUAUUACCUGCAAAGCUUCUUUGUGCUGCCAGCUAGGGCAUCUGCACCACAGAACACUUUCUGGCUUGCUUUUAGAUUCAAAGCUCCCGUCCCCCUCCCAAGGCAGGCAAAAGGCAGGCCCUGCAGCGAGCUGGGGGAUUUCAGGUGACAACUUAGGAAGGACGGUCUGUCCUGUGUGGACAUUAAGCCUCUGGUCAUGGCUUUUCCCAGAGUCCUGCUCCCAAAGUCGGAGUCCAGAGGUCCGAUUCCGAGCUCAGUCCUGUUUGCACUCCUGUCUCUGGAUUUCUGAUCCCCAUCUGGUGGGAGAGAGACCACACCCCCUCGCUCCCCACCCCGGGCAGCCUGCUUCACCUCGGUCCUGCUGCGCUCAGCCCCGGCGGGGGGCACUCGUCCAUGGAGCUUGUGACGUGCUUUGGGACUAUCGGCAGGGAGGGGCCUGGGCAGAUGUCUAAUGCUGGUGCAAGUUCUGCUUUCAGUUCUGCUGAAGUGAAACUCAUGGUCUUCGGAGGAAGCCACCCCAGUGCAACUGAAAGAACCGUGGCCCAUUGGCCCGUGAACUGUGUGUGCCAGGCCUCGCUGCAGUGCCCUGUGCCCAUGAACGGAGCUUUGAGCCUGCAGGGACGGGGACCUGCCGGCGUUUCCUGGGCCCAUUUCGGCCUGUCCCGCUCACGCAGUGGCGAGCGCGCAUUGAACUCCAGGGGGUGCGCGUGUGGAGAAGGGGGGCGCGUGCAGAGCUGACUUGGGCAGGCCACCGCCCUGGAGCUGCGCGAGAGCUACUCCUUAGAAGAGGAGCCGGCCGGGAGAAGGAGCAGGGCUGGCCCGGGUGCGGGUAGCUGCGGGUCCCCCGGCGGCUGAUGCAGGGCUAAUGCGAGCGCAGCGAGCAUCACGCCAGCGGCGUUCUGAAAAGGCUCCUGGCGACCUUGGCCCCUCCGUCCAUAUCUAACCCCCUAAGUCGGGGGGCUCUGAGUGCAGUGGGAGCUGCAGGAGCUCAGCCCCUUUGAAUACCAGGCUGCUUUCGUCUCUGCGCCGCGCUGAGGUGAGGGGCCUGCCCUGGGGCAAGCCAGGGCCAAUGCCUGCAGCCCUGCCGGAGAGCCGUCCAGUGGCAGCAGACACCCAGCUCACAAGCGCAUACGGACGGGAGGACAGUCCGGAUUUUCCCUGCUUGGAGUGCAGAACGGAGCUCCGCCUUCCCUAUGGCCUAGGGCUGCAGGAGACUUCCCCUGGUCGCACGCAGGGCUUUCCACAUGGGCAGGGUAUCGCUUUGGCCAGGACUGACUCUGGGCUGAGGAACCCGGGCGCGUGGGCGGCCUGGUGGCACGCUGGAGUCCAGACCCUCUUCCGGCUGGCUGCCGCAUCGCGGUGUCGGGAGCGGGCGUGAGCCCCCACCGCGGCGGGGCGGUUUCCCUGUGGGCAUUGAGUUACUGCCCACGCGCUCCCCAGGAAAGGGCCGGGAGGGGCGCCACUGACAGGCCGUCGUCUGCUCUUGUGUCUCAGGAGCUGGCAGACCAACGGCACUUGUGAGGGUUCAGUGGACAUGGAGCUGCUGCUGCACUACUCCCUUAUCCCGUCGCUUGCCAUUAUUGCGGUGCUGUCCUUCCUCGAGCGCCGAGCCAGCAGGACUUGGCUGGACGGGAAACUGCGCUUCCUGGAGGGCCGCUUUGGCAUUGUGGUACCCCUGGAUUUUGUGGGGACGUUCAGCAACCGGUGGUCCUUCGGGUUCGCCUUCGGCGCCACGGCCAAUAAGGUCAUGCUCCUGUUUUUGGAAGAUUACGUGCCGCUGCAGGUGCCCCGCUGGGCCCAAGCCGUUGUGCUUCUCAUAGGCGGCACUGAAGUGGGCCUCUCCCAUUUCCCGCUCUUUGCCUGCCUCUCGACGGAGUCCCACGUCGCCGGCUCUGUCCUGGGCUUCUGCUACGCUUCCACUUGGCUCGCAGCCAUGAUGAUCUACAUUGCGCAGUGCCCACACGGACAAGUAAGUGUGUUUCUGUCUGAGGAGGGCUUCACGUUCCUCGUGUUGGUAAUGGUGCCGGGGCACUGGCACAGCGGAGGUUUGGCUAGCGAGUCAGCUCCUCCGAGCCCCGGUUCCGUCCCGUGCCGAGGAAGAGCAGGGUGCACAACAGCCUUGCCUGGCUUCGGAGAGGCCAGCGAGAGGAGUGAGUGCCCCAGACGGGGGAUCAUAUUUUACUGGCCGUCCCUGCUGUGCCUGGUGUUCCUGCUGGGCCGCUUUGCCCUGAUGUUUGCCAAAGCCCUGCGGGUGCGACUCAACAUGGACGUGCCACGCCGUUCGGCUGUUUGCCCGUCUCCCUCCCUUCCCAGGCAGGCGCAGAAGUCUUGGGUCCGGCGCAAGCUGUACGAGUGGGACGCCUGCUUUCAGUUCCCCGGUCGAAUGAUUGGCACAUCCGUGCUAGCCGUCAUCUGCCUCUACCUUUUUAUUGUCAUUGAGAUUUUCGUCCAGAAGCAAUCCUUCCAACAGCUGAGGGCACUGGAGUCGACAAUGGAAAAUCAUUUCCUACUUAGCAAUAGCACUGAAGAACUUUCCCCCGUUUUCCCGUGGCUGGGAGAGUUUAUUAAUGUCCUGCAAGGUGUCUGGUUUUUCACCGUCUUUGCUGCCUCCCUGACCUGCAUCACCUACGUGUUCCACAUCUUGGCCUGCUACAGAAAACACAUGAAGCGGCUGUGGGCAGGGGAGAAACAUUUCCUGCCCGUCAGAUUUCACCAGCCUUCUUCUUCUCGCAGCGUGGCAGCAAUAGCAAGAUACUCCGGCUGGCAAAUCGCAUACUUGUUAUGGGGGUACCUGAUCCUGCACACGGUGCAGUGCGUGUUCGGGAUGUUCAUCAUGUACGCUGUUGUUCUGCCGAUACACCAUGGCCAAGGCCUGGAAGUGGCGAAGGAGUUGGGACUGACAAUGUAAGUGCACUGGCUUGGCACAGCUCUGGGCUCACCCCACGCUCGCGGGGCGCCUUGGGACGGAGCCUCUGGCACAGCGAGAGUCCUCCCGAAGGGCCCGGGGCGCACACUAGGCCGUGCCACCCUGCGGCGCUCUCAGCGGUCCCUGUGCUCCUUCCGCUGCGAUGCUGUCGGGUGUCCGUGGCACCGUGCCUGCCGGCGUGGUUCAAGCAGCCCAAGGAGCGAGCGUGGCCGGCGGCAGAGCCUCUCCUGCCCAGAGCGCCGUCCCGGCACGUUUGUCCGUCCAGCGUGGGUCGC